AUGGGCCAGAUUGGAGACUUGAGGGGUUACUACAGCUUCCGUCACCAGCAGACAAUAAAUCGUUCCACCGAAUUCAACAAAGAAGUGACUAAUCACCUUGCAAAGGAGACAAAGGUGAAAUGGCUCCAGCAGCAGGUGGUGCUAUGGAGAGUAAAGAGGACCUCCAGAAGUAGUCAUGUCCAUGCUGCUGAUCUUGUGACUGAUCAUCCAUCCAUUCAUCAGUCUAACGUCAACCACACUGUGCACUUUGGCUGGCCAUUGUGGAAUAACCUGUGGUACACUCGCUGCAGCGAGGCAAAUGGCUGCCUGUCGGGUAUGAACAUUGCAGCGGCCUGGAGGAGAGGCUACACUGGGAAGGGUGUGGUGGUGUCUGUCCUAGAUGAUGGCAUUGAGAGAGAGCAUCCAGAUCUGAAGCCAAAUUAUGACCCACUUGCCAGCUGUGAUGUGAGCGAACAGGAUCAAGAUCCCUCUCCAAGUUAUUCCAACGACGCAGCCAACUCCCAUGGGACUCAGUGUGCUGGGACAGUGGCUGCAUCUGCAAAUAACUCUCUGUGCACAGUUGGAGUCUCAUUCCACGCACGGAUAGGAGACAUCCGUAUGCUGGGAGGAGACGUGACAGAUAUUGUGGAAGCCCUAUCGCUGAAUUUCAGGCCACAGUACAUUGAUAUAUAUUUAGCCAGCUGGGGGCCAGCUGAUGAUGGGGCCACUUUGGAUGGACCUGGACCUCUUGCUCGUCUUGCUUUACAGAGUGGCAUUAAGAAAGGCCGGCAGGGAAGGGGAUCAAUUUUUGUUUGGGCCUCAGGGAAUGGAGGGCGAAAAGGCGACCACUGCUCUUGUGAUGGCUACAGCAGCAGCAUAUACACAAUUUCUGUAAGCAGCGUCAGCCAGCAUGGAAUCCGUCCAGAAUCCUUAGAAGAAUGCUCCUCGACACUGGCAGCAGCAUAUAGUGGUCCGGAGACAGAAGAAAUGAUAUCCCUUGGACCACAGCAGAGAUGUAGCAGGACUCUGUCAGGAACCUCCCUCUCCUCCUCGUUAGUUGCCGGCGUAAUUGCUCUUACUUUGGAGGCCAACCCUCUCCUAACCUGGAGGGAUGUGCAGCACAUCAUCAUCCGAACAUCAAAAGCUCAUCAUCUUGCUGCUCCUGACUGGCGGUACAAUGGAGCCGGAUACAAAGUGAGCCACCUGUACGGCUUUGGCCUGCUGGAUGCUGAGAGCAUGGUGAAGGAGGCUGAGCGCUGGAAACAAGUCCCAGAACAGCAUGAGUGUGUGGAGGAAGAGGCCAUCCAGCUGAGCAGAAUUAUUCAUCCCGGCUCAGUGUUGACGUCUGCGUACGAGACCACCGGCUGCUCCGGCGAGGCCUCGCGGCACGUUGUUUAUGUGGAGCACGUCGUAGUCCGCGUAACCAUCACUCACAGCCGUCGCGGCGACCUUUCCAUCACGCUUAUGUCACCUGCAGGCACUGUGUCGCAGCUGCUGGCUCACAGGCCUCUUGACAACUCCACUGAAGGAUUUCAGAACUGGGAAUUCAUGACAGCUCAUUCCUGGGGGGAACAGGCAGCGGGGGAAUGGACUUUGAAAAUCAAGGAUACUCCCUCUCAGAAGCGAGACAGCGCUGAAUUAGGCAUGCUGAAAAAGUGGUCUCUGGUGAUUUAUGGCACUGCAGAGCAGCCGUAUCCCAUGCACCAUCAGCGAGCCCGAUCAGCUGAGCUCUCCGUGGAUAGUGAUCUCAUUGAAGGGGAUGACGGACCCUGCGACCCAGAAUGCAGUGACGACGGUUGUGACGGGCCUGGCCCUCAGCAGUGUGUCACAUGUCUGCACUUUUUUCUGAAGUUCAAGAACAACUCAAGGUUGUGUGUGUCAGAGUGUCCCAGUGGGUUCUGGGGUGACCGGAGGCGCUGUAAGAGAUGUUACUCUUCGUGUGCGAGCUGUACUGGGAGUCGGAGCAACCAGUGCACUUCCUGUGUAUCUGGUCAUCACCUGACAGAGGGAACCAAUACCUGCACAGCCUCCUGUGGAGAUAACUACUACCUGGACCAUGAAGCGGAUAUGUGCAAGAAAUGCAGUGAAAACUGCUUGAAGUGCACCUCAUACAGCAUCUGCACAGAAUGCAAACCAGGCACAAGUCUGCAGGGGAACCGGUGCCAGCGGAGCUGUGACGACGGCUUCUACCAUGACACUCAGGAAGAAACAUGCCGGCCCUGUCACAAGGCCUGUGCUACCUGUGCAGGGGCAGGGGUUGAUGCGUGCAACCGUUGUGCAAAAGGUUUCUUGAUGGAGGAGUGGAGGUGUGUGUCCUCCUGCAGCGCUGGCUUCUACGCCACACAGCCAAGCCCGGAGAUAGCGGAUGGCCAGAGGAUAUGUAGGAGGUGCGACUCCAGCUGUCUCACCUGUACCGGGCCGGGUUGGCAGAACUGCAGCAGCUGUUCCAGCGGUCAUCGCCUCCAGGAUGGAGUGUGUGUAGUCAACACUGAGUGCACAGAUGGAGAGUAUCAGGGCAGCGAUGGGGCGUGUCGUGCAUGUGAUGCAACGUGCCUGAAGUGCACAGGGCCGCAAAGGGAGGACUGCAUCAGCUGUGGCUCUUCACAGGCUUUAGAAGAGGGACGCUGCGUGGUGGAAUGCGCAAAGGGAAAGUACCGCUCAGGUGGACAGUGUCACCUGUGUGACCACACCUGCGCCACAUGUACGGAUGCAGGGCCUGCCAACUGCACCAGCUGUGACACAGAUAAGUUUGGACUGGAACGUUACCUGCAUCAAGGCCUGUGCCUGGACGCCUGUCCUGAAGCCUUUUACCACACUAGUAAGAGAACCUGUGAGCCCUGUUCGGAAAACUGUCGGCUCUGCUCCGGCCCAAACCACUGCCUGCAGUGUAACUCCUCCUACUACGUGUCCGAUGGACGGUGUUUGAAGCUGGAGUGUGGAGAAGGGGAGGUGGAGGAUCCAGAUUAUGACGACUGUAUGGCCUGUGAGGAGGGAUGCAGGAAGUGCGUCCCGUAUAACCCCAGGCACUGUCUGUCCUGCAUUGAGGGCUUUUACAACUUUCAGGAUGGCUGCUACAAAAACUGCCCAGCGAAGACGUACAGCAUGGAGGAGACGAUGACCUGUGCUCCAUGUGAGGACAACUGCAUGAGCUGUGAUGAACACGAGUGUUACUGGUGUGAGACGGACCUGUUCUUGUCAGAGGGAAAGUGUGUCUCGGUGUGUCCCGAUGAUUUCUACGGCAAUGAAGACUUUAACGAGUGUGAGGAGUGUCACCCAGAUUGUGCGACGUGUGGUGGCCCGGAGAACACCGACUGUCUGUCGUGUGAAGAGGGGAGGACGCUUGAAAACGGGGAGUGUGUGCCAGACCACGCGGUCUGUCCCAUUAAGACCUUUCUCAACGAUUAUGGAGAGUGUGAAGCCUGUCACCCAUCCUGUGAAUUCUGCUCUGGACGGGAGAAGAACCAGUGCACCAAAUGUGGAAAAGGGAGAUUUCUGACCAUGCAGCAGACAUGUGUGUCGAAGUGUCCUGCGGGCUUCUUUGCCGAGCGACUGAGCGGCAUGUGUGAGGCCUGCCCCCAGGGCUGCUUGCAGUGUGUCGAUGCUCAGCGCUGCAGCCGCUGUCAGGGCUCUCGCAAGGCUCCGUUGUUCCUGCAGAACGGACAGUGUGUUACAGCGUGUGUCAGGGGUUAUCCUGCAGGCCAGCUGUGUCUCAGCUGUGCAGUCGGCUGUGCGUCCUGUGAGAUGAACGCCACUCACUGCCUGACCUGCAACGAGCCUCUCCUCCUGCAUGAUCACCAGUGUGUGCAGGAGUGUCCUCCGGCGCACAUUGUUCAAGAUAAGGAGUGCCAUCACUGCCCCCCGGCCUGUCAGGACUGCAACCCCCUCGGACAGUGCACAGGCUGUCAGGAGUAUCACUUUCUCCAUGAGGGCCUGUGUGUGCAAGACUGUCCGGAGAGGUUCUUUGAGGACAACGAGCGCGGAGAGUGUGUGCGCUGUCACGUCGACUGUGCUCUCUGUGACGGGCCGAAUGGCAAUGACUGCGAUGCCUGCGUCCAGCCGGAGGCCACCCUGCACAACGGAGCCUGUCUGGCGCCCUGCCCCUCAAGCACAUACAGGGAAGCAGUUACAGGAGAGUGUAAAGACUGUGACGCCUCGUGCCUCGCAUGUUUUGGGCCCCACAUGAGUUCCUGCACCAGCUGCAGGGGGUCUCAAAAACUGGACGCCCACAACCGCUGUGUCCCGUUGGCCAACAAGUGCUCGCCUCACCAGUACGCAGACGAGGACAGGGAAUGCCAACCUUGCCACAAAUACUGCCACAGGUGUUCAGGUCCAGGCAAAAACCACUGUUUGAGUUGCAAUCAGGGACACUUUCUGCUCGAUGGUGUCUGUGUCAGCGACUGCCCAACGGGCUACUAUGAGGAGGAGUCGAAAUGCGAGCCGUGCCACACUUCCUGUCAGUCCUGCGUUGGAAAGCAGAGCCACCAGUGCCUCACCUGCAAAGCCCACCUGUUCCGAGAUGCCAAAGAGUGUGUGGAGACCUGCCAGCACGGUCACUAUGGAAACCCUGUCUCAAGGAUUUGUGAAAAGUGCGACCCAAGUUGCAGCGAGUGCAUUGAGGGUGGGGAGGAGGGCUGCCUGAGCUGCGUUUCAGGCCUCGUCUACUUGCGGAAAGAAGGCCGCUGCUUGCUGUCGUGUCCUGAGGGUUACCAUCAUGACCUUGCACACAGGACCUGUGAGCCCUGCCAUGCUGGAUGCAGAACAUGCUCAGGAAAAGUUUCCCUGACCUGUGACUCAUGCUACCCUGGAUACCUGCUGUCGGAUGGAAGGUGUGAGUCUGUGUGCAACAUGGGCCAGUACCCUGUUGUAAAGGGCGGAGAUGCCAUGUGUGAAGACUGUGACGGCUCUUGCCUGGAGUGCCGGGGGCCCGGUCCGUUCAAUUGCACCUCCUGUGCUGAUCAAGCAAUCUUAGAAGCUGCCGGUCGUUGUCUGCUGUGUUGCCGCCAUGAUGAGGAAGGGAAGGACAUGGAAACGCCACAGCAGGAUUGUUGCAACUGCACUGAGACACGAGGAUAUUGCAUCCUCAGUACUAAUUUGGCAUUCAGGAAUGAAGAUGAAGACGAGUACAGAGGGAACCUAACCAUCUUCAUCAUCGCCUCCAUUCUGCUCGUUUUGGGCCUAGUCGGCGUCGUCUUCCUCAUCAGACACUCCCGGUCGAAAAGCGGCCCCUCGGACCUCCCUCCCCGUGGGUACAAAAAGCUCGGUUCCGGCGGCGGGUUCGGAGGCGGCAGCAUAUACAGCGGCUACAACACCGGCUCCUCUACAUCCUACGGCGGCUCCUCCGGAGGCCGAUUCCAAGAAGCGGAGCUGGUCGACAUCGGCCCGCGUCGCUCAGGGAACAAAGACGAUGACGACGACGAUGACGACGACGAUGAGGACAUUGUUUACAUGGGCCAGGACGGCACGGUGUACAGAAAGUUUCGGUACGGACAGCUGGGGGAUGACAACGAGGACGAGCUGGAGUACGACGACGAGAGCUACACGUUCAGAUAAAGCUUAAGAAGCGAAAAAAAGAGAAGCACUCUUCUGUUUUCCUCUAGACAUUUCUGCCUCUCUUAUUUUCUCCUCUGCACUGUUAUUCUCGCUCUGCCUAGAGGGACAGAUCUAUUUAUCCUUCUUUGAAUGAGCUCAGACAAAUGAGACGUGAGAAGCUAUUUAUAAUGAGCAGCAUUUUAUGACUGCUAUCCAUUCACCAAAUGAAAUGUGCUGGAGAAAUAAAUCCAUAUUUACCAUGCUUAAUGGGGACAUGUUAUGCUGGUUUCAUAAUUUCCAUGAGACUGCAUGUGGCUGUCAUCGGUCUACAGCAGUUAAUUGGCAUUUAUGUCCUACAGUCCAAAAAGGUUAAGGGAGGUUUCAGUCAUUUGGUAAGGCUAUAAUAGCUUUUUUAAGGGAUGUAUAGAGCAUUUUAAAGUUUAUGAAGGCUAUUAUUGAAUCUCAAAUGGACUGACUCUAUUCUUACAGGUAAAUAACGUUUAAAGCAUGGCCUGUGGAUUCCUGUUUUGACCAAUCUCAAUCUCAAUUCCUUUUUUUUCUUUUUUUAUUAUUUUGAUUUUGCUAGGACUAUUGACCUUUAUUUGCAGUAAUCAGCCAGGAAAUAGACAGCGAGAGAAAUGGGUACGACAUUGCCUUCGUAUACGGAGUGCCCACUCUACUUCUACAGCACAAACCACCCCUUGAUUUUCUGUCUAAGAACUAUAACACAUGUAAACUGAUUUGCACAAACUUUGUAUUAAUUAUACAGCUAAAUGGAACUAAUAUAUACCUUAAAAUGGAAAAAAACAAAAGAACAAUUUGCUGCCGGUUCCAGGGUGUG